AUGGUUUUAGCAGAUUUAGGUCGAAAAAUUACCACUGCCUUACAGUCCCUAAGUCGGGCUACUAUUAUCAAUGAAGAGGUUUUAAACUCUAUGCUAAAGCAGAUAUGUGCUGCACUUUUAGAAGCUGAUGUUAAUAUUCGCUUGGUGAAAAAUCUUCGUGAAAAUGUUCGUGCCGUUAUUGAUUUUGAUGAGAUGGCUGGGGGGCUCAACAAACGGCGGAUGAUACAGUCUGCUGUCUUUAAAGAACUUGUUAAGCUAGUAGAUCCUGGAGUCAAGCCCUACCAACCAGUAAAAGGCAAGCCGAAUGUCAUAAUGUUUGUAGGAUUGCAAGGUUCAGGUAAAACCACAACUUGUACAAAAUUGGCAUACCAUUAUUUAAGAAAGAACUGGAAAUCAUGCUUGGUUUGCGCUGAUACCUUCAGAGCCGGUGCUUAUGAUCAAGUGAAACAGAAUUGUACUAAGGCAAGAAUACCAUUUUAUGGCAGUUACACGGAAGUAGAUCCUGUGGUUAUAGCCUCCACUGGUGUGGACAUGUUUAAAAAAGAAGGAUUUGAAAUGAUCAUAGUGGAUACAAGUGGUCGUCACAAACAGGAAGAAUCACUUUUUGAAGAGAUGUUGGCAGUUGCUAAUGCUAUUAAACCAGACAACAUUAUAUUCGUAAUGGAUGCAACAAUAGGACAGGCUUGUGAAGCUCAAGCUAGAGCUUUUAAAGAAAAAGUAGAUAUUGGGUCUGUUAUUAUCACAAAGUUGGAUGGGCAUGCAAAGGGAGGUGGAGCUCUUUCUGCUGUAGCGGCAACACAAAGUCCAAUUAUAUUUAUUGGUACUGGCGAACAUAUUGAUGACCUUGAACCAUUCAAAACUAAACCCUUCAUUAACAAGCUUCUGGGUAUGGGUGAUAUUGAAGGCUUGCUGGACAAAGUCAAUGAAUUAAAACUGGACGAUAACGACGAACUUUUAGAAAAGUUGAAGCAUGGGCAAUUUACACUUAGAGCCAUGUAUGAGCAAUUUCAAAAUAUCAUGAAAAUGGGACCCUUUUCACAGAUAAUGGGCAUGAUACCAGGUUUUUCACAAGACCUUAUGUCAAAAGGAAGUGAACAAGAGUCCAUGGCAAAAUUGAAACGUUUGAUGACAAUCAUGGAUUCCAUGAAUGAAGGUGAACUGGAUCAUCGUGAUGGCGCGAAACUUUUCUCUAAACAACCCACCCGCAUCACCAGAGUAGCACAAGGUGCUGGAGUUACUGAGAGAGAUGUUAAAGAUUUGAUAGCUCAAUACACCAAGUUUGCAGCUGUUGUUAAGAAAAUGGGUGGUAUCAAGGGACUGUUUAAAGGUGGUGACAUGGCCAAGAAUGUCAAUCAAACACAAAUGGCUAAGCUUAACCAGCAAAUGGCUAAAAUGAUGGAUCCUCGUAUUUUGCAACAGAUGGGUGGUAUGUCUGGAUUACAUAAUAUGAUGCGCCAACUACAGCAAGGCUCUAGUGGAAUGAAUAGCUUAAUGGGUGGGAAAUGACAGUAGCAUUAAGUCUUAAUAUUUUCCACUGUAAUCAUUGUAUUUGAAGUUUACAAUAAUCAGUUUUAAUUGGUUUA